AUGCUAGGUUUUGUUGAAGGUGUAAUGAAAAUGAAAGAGGGACAGGAGGAAAAUGUAACAAAAUUUUUAGGGAACCAAGGACCACAGUGUGAUGAAAGUACUACCAGAAUAAGAGUGCUCAGGGAACAGAUGUGUUGGGGCCCCAAAUCAAGAGAAAACCUUAGUUUAUUUACAAGAGUAGACUCACAGGAGGAGAGGGGUGAGCACCGUAAGUGGAGUAUUGGUGGCGGGGCCAGUGGUGGCAGGGCUGGCGACGGUGGUGGUGGUGGUGGUGGUGGUGGUGGUGGUGGUGGUGGUGGUGGUGCUGGCAGUAAUGACAGUGACAGGGACGGCAGUGCUGAGCCGGCAAUAGCGGUGCUGGCAGCGACGGAUGUGCUGGCAAUUUUGCAGGUGUCACUGGCGCUGGAGGCGUCAGUGCCAUUGGUGGUUGUGCUGGGGGUACUGUACGCAAAUCAGGAGCUGCGGCAAGAUGCCUGA